AUGGGUCGCGGGGAUAUCAUCGUCGUCGCCGGAGCUGCUAGGAGAGAGAAAAAGAAGAGCAUCACUUCACUUCAACUAUGCACCUGCGGUCAGCAGCCACCGGCCACCUCUAUAGGCUCCCCUCCAUCCCCUUGUUCAUUCUACUCGUUUUCCACCAUUACCCACCUUUUCCGGCACACCACAACCCACUGCUCUCACCUCCGACUACUAAAUCUCAGUCACCUACGCAACGCACCCAAACCACACAUUCUCGUUCCCUUUCCUUUUUCCUUCUGCCUUCCCAAACCACACACCACCACCGAUCCAGUCAACUCCGACCACUGUUGCAGAUAUGUCAUCGAUAGCUGUCCACCACUAUCGUUGCACCCCCGAUAA